GCGGUGGUGGCGCCUACUCGAACUUCGUCGCGUCGAUCGCUGGGACAUCUAUUCCAACACCAGAUUAUUGAGGAACUGCCGGAGCUGAGGAGCAUCCUAGCCGUGCAGAAUCUGGUGGCCAAGAUUCCAGAGCAGCCCAAGUCGCAUUGUCUGAGCAAGAAUGACGCGUACCUUCAGUGGAUAGAGAUGUACCGCAACAACAACUCGCUCAAUGCCCAGUCACAAUUGAAUAAGGAUGUUUUCACCGCAUUUAUGAAAGAGGCCAGCGAGUACCUGCAGAAGUUGGAGGAAGAAGCCUUCCAGGGCUGCGAUAAGAUCGGAAUGAUGGAGGAUGAGGAUAUCUGUAGCCCCAAGGCCGAUGCAUUCCUGGAGGUAGUCAAGCUGAAGCUAUCCAAACACAUGUGUACGGAGGCUGCGGCCAGCUUUGAGCUGCUGGACAAGGACAAUGAUGGAAAGGUGCACAUUGACGAAGUGGAGAAGCUGCUGCAGGUUGCAGCAUACGGCAACGGACGGGAAUGGCUGAGGAGUCAAUUUCACUUGUACGAUGCAGACAGCGACGAUGUGGUGGACGAGGCUGAAUCAAGGCUCAUUUUAGACUCUAUGAUUGCUACGCAAAAGGCGGUUAUUACCGAGAUUUUUGCUACUCAUGUCGAUAACUUGCCUAAAAAGCACGAGAAGCUCUUUACCAAAAGCCUGUCGGAAGAGGACUUUAAGUCGAAGAUCCCGGAGAAGGUGCGCUGCGUUUUCCACUUCGCCAACAAACUGGACGAGGAUCGCAAGACGUACGACUGGGAACUGUUUGAGAACUCGCAGAAGGUAGAGUUUCCGGAGCUGCACAACCUUCUCGCCGUCUACGCGAAGGGCUUCUAUGACGAGAGGUUUACCUUUUACGAGCGCAAGCAGGAGAAGCGGAGCACGCGGAACAAGGGUCUGUUGCUCGCUGCUGCCAUUGGCGUGGGCGACUACGUCGCCGCCGUGAUUUAGAGACGCUGCCGCGGGAUCACACAUCUUUUUUAGUAAACGUUGCUUUCGACGAAAA